UCUCCCCCUCCAUUCAACCUUUGCCACUCUCUAAAGCCCUUCAUGAGUGGAUGGGCACCGUGUGAGUGGGAGACCUGGACGCUGCUGGGGUGGAAUUGAUUGACGUUUUCCAAAGGCUCCUCGACAUUCCAACCACAAGACGGCGUCACUUUUGGCACCGGGCUCAAAAAGGAAGAAGCGGGAAACGAGGCAAGAUGGCUACGGAAAGCAACAGUGGACAAAACAGUCCACUCCACAGUCGACUGGCGUCUGCACAAGACUCUGGCGCGGUCUCAGAGGACCAACACACAGACGCUGUCAUGGAUUCAGAAGCAAAAGUGGAGGCUGAAAGUGCAGAGGUUGAAGCUGAAUCUGAAUGUCAGAAUAAGGCAGCGACAGACCAGGUCACAGAAGAGACACAGGCAGAACUUAAAGAAGCAACAGUGGAAGCUGACAACGACAAGGUCACAGCGCAAGAACACACAGAAGCUGUCUUGGAUUCUGAAGCAACCGCCGAAGCGAAAAGUUCCACCCUUAAAGCUGGAUCUUCUCAGCCUUCCGUUGGAGGUGGGAGCAAGGGAGAGGUGAAGGACUCUGUUGUGGGAACCGUGGCCAGUGCUGAAGAAACACAGGCGAAAAGCAGCGAGUCUGUCUGCAGAGGUGGAGCUUCUGAGCUGGAUGAGAUGAUGGAUAUCGGAACACUAGAUCAGGGGGAGCAGGAGCUGAUGAUGAACAAAGAUGACGAGGAUAGCCAGAUGGAGGUGGAUCAAUGCAGCUUACCCACAACCUCAAACACAGUGUUUUCAGUCGAUCAUCAUGAUGAUGACAAACCUUCGUUGUCGCUGUCGGUGGAAGACGGAGACACACCUGUUGAUGCGACACCAUGCAGCUCGUCUGUGUCCUCGGAGCCGUCCAGUGCUGCAGGGGACAGCUCAUCUUCCGGAGUCACCUUAAAUGGGAUUAACACUGCAGCGUCUUCAAGGAAUGACUCUGAGCAGUCCGCCUCUGAGACAACCCGGUCGUCGCCUGCUAUCCCUGUGGUGAAGGUGAAGGACGAACCCAUAGAUGAGGAGUAUGAUCGCGCUCUGACCUCCUCUGCAGCAAGUGUGAAGGAUGAGCCUGAUAACACAGAGGACGACCUGCAGAUCGGAGCAGUGUACUCGGUGCCGCCAGCUACGGACUCUGAAUCCCUCCCUGUGGUUCAUCCUUCAUCCAAACACAUGGCCUGUGGCCACUGCAAGAUCAACCUGAUCAAAGGUCAGACGGCUUAUCAGAAGAAAGGCUCUCAGGCGCUCUUCUGCUCCACCAACUGUCUCACCCUGUCAGUCACCUCUGGCUCCUGCGUGAAGUGCUACCACUGCCAAAAGGUGAUAAUGCGGCCUCAGAACGCCAUCUUGGCGCCGAACUCUAAAGGCGACAUUAAGGAGUUCUGCGGGCACAAGUGUCACAACGCUCACAGUCUCAACCAAGCCUCGUCCACGCAGAAGGCCCCGCCACACAUCCGACCGAAGCCCUCCUGCAGCAUGUGUGGCAAGCACAGUGUUAACAAACAUGAAGUGAUCCUCAGCGGGACGCUCUACCACAUUUGCAGCGACGAGUGUUUCAACAACUUCCGUAAGGUGAACAAGCUCUCCAUGGCUGGCUGCGCCAACUGUGGCUCCUUCAGUCAAGUCAAGCCUCUGCUGCUGAAGCUGGUGGGCUGCAGCAAGACGCUCUGCAGCACCGAAUGUCUGGAUCAGUACAAGGAGAAAACCAAGAUCACACAGCCGUGCGCCAUGUGUCAGUCUCCUCGGUUACUCAGCGAUUUGGUGAACUACAAAAACAACGACGACUCGGUCAAUCUCUUCUGCGGCAGCAGCUGCGUGAUGGCCUACAUGGUCCAGUCGGUCAGUUCUUCAGGAGCUCAAGUUAAAUGUGACACCUGUGCAAAAAGCAAAGUACCAGCGUAUCACCUCGCCAUGUCCGACAUGACCAUCCGCAACUUCUGCUCUCUCCAGUGUGUGAUGACCUUUCAGGAAAAGUACAAGAAGUCGUCGGGCCAGUUGAACAUUCUCUCCAAGCUGCCAGUUGGAUCUGCACAUGCUCUGAUCCCACACCAGACGGAUCCGCCCCGGCAACUUCGUCGGAGGGACGCGGUGACACUGAACUGCGCUCAGUGCCGGCGGAAUAUAAACGCCAAACCUGAAAUGGUCUACUUCAGGGGACAGAUGAGCUUUGUCUGCAGCGCCUCCUGCUCGCUGGAGUUCAAGAAAGCCUACAAGGUCACGAGCAAAUGUGAAUAUUGCAAGAUCGACAACAUGGUCCAAGACAUCAAGAGAGUCAACAAGCAAGACUGCUGCUUUUGCAGCGAUGGCUGUAAGAUGCUGUACAGACACGACCUGGCCAAACGCUGGGGUCAUCACUGCCAGUCCUGCGCCUUCUGCCUCUGUAUAUCCAAGAACCUGGUGACGGCCCAGUUCGGAGACUCCGUGGAGGAGUUCUGCUCAGAGUCCUGCCGCUCCAAAUACACAGUGCUGUUCUGCCAUGUGGGCAAGUGCGAUAUCUGCGGUCACAAAGGAAAGCUAAAAGAAAAUCUCCCCUUGUUGGGGGAUGUCAAGCACUUCUGUGACCUGAAAUGUCUGCUCAAGUUCUGCAAGGAGAACUCCAGCACCCUGGUGAAGCCUCCUCAAGAUGAGGCGCCGGUCAUCACAAAUGUCACGUCCCUCUCUGGGCCAACGACAGAGAAGCCGAGUUCAUCGGACGCAGCAGUUCAGCCAAACACAGAGCGUGAACUCCGAUCCAGAAAGUCUGCACGUGUCAACAGUCAAACUGAAACUGUACAGAAGCAAACACAGCCCUCCACGGGUUAUAAGAUCCUAAAAAACAAGGCGCUGCUGUGUCGACCGAUGGUUCAGAACAAGGGGAUUUCCUGUAAAACGCAGACCGUUGAUGUGGAAGUCCAGACAGAUAACGUUCCGCCACAAGUGAUGGUGCUCCCGUUUCCUUUCCCCAUGCCCAUCUGUUUUCCCCUGGGAAUGGACCUGAAGAAUCAGUUGGUUCCUCAGACCAUGCUGAUGCCACUACCGAUGCCAGUUCCCAUGUUCCUUCCAGUGGCCAUGGACAACGCAGAACGUCUUGUCAAAACCAUCCAGGAGAUCAGAGAGAAGGUCCCUGCUGACCCCCUGGAAGCAGAUCUGUAUCUCAUGGCUUCUGUGGUGGCGGAGCAGGACGACACGAAAAAGAAGGACGCGCCAGGAAAAGACUCUACAAGACAAGGACGUUCCUCCGACGGUGACAAUAGUGACGGUGACAGCACGACUGAUGACAGCAACAAUCGAACAAAAUGUGAAAACGCCUCGAAACAUUCGGACCGUCUGUCGACACCUAAACCGCCUCCCAUGGACCUGGAGGCGGACAUGAGUGUUGAGACGCUCCAGAGGCUAACUGCGCCCAAGUCAACAAAGGUGGCAAACACCUCCACCAAACGACCCAAAGUGGCGAAGGAAACAAAGCCUCGGAAGUCGCGGCGGUCAUCAAAAGAGCAGAAGACUCCGAAGGGGCCGACCACCCAAGGCAUUCAGCCAGAUGUACCGAGACUGGAGUGUAAAUAUGGGGUUGAAGCUUGGAAGCAGUGGGUGAAGUGGAGGAAGAGCCAGCCGCACCUGACCAACCCCAGCAUCAGAUCGCGGCCCCUGGUGAUGAAAGAAGAUGUUCUUCAGUGUACGACCACAGAACUGAUCAUCUGCCUCUGCUACUUCAUCAACGAGGUCACGCGGCCCAACGGAGAGCCCUACUCCCCCGACAGCCUCUUUUACCUCUGUCUUGGGAUCCAGAAGCACCUCUUGGAAAACGGCCGCAUGGAGAACAUAUUUAUGGACCGGUUCUACUACAAGUUCUCAGCUGAGAUCACCAGCAAGUUGAAGCAUUACAAGCCCACGCUCACAGCCAGAGGCCACGUCCAGUCUCGAGUACAGGAGGAGUAUCUGUGGGAGUGCAAACAGUUAGGCGCGUACUCGCCCAUCGUGCUGCUCAACACGCUCUUCUUCUUCUGCUGCAAGUACUUCAACUUCACGGAUGUGGCUCGCCACCGUCAGCUGUCCUUCACGCACGUCAUGCGCUGCACCAAAGCUGACACCGCCAACCUCAAGACCACCUACCUGCGCUUCUACCCGCCCAUCAACGAAGGACCUGACGCAGAAGUCUCGACAAAGAAGCGGAAGGAGGAGGAAAACUCGGACGGGAUCCUGGAGAUGAUGGAGAACAGGAGAAACCCCCUCCGGUGCCCCGUCAGAUUGUAUGAGUUCUACCUUUCCAAGUGCCCCGAGUCUGUGAAGCAGCGCACCGACUUGUUCUACCUGCAGCCGGAGAACUGCUGCGUCCCAAACAGCCCGCUGUGGUUCUCCUCCACCCCUCUGGAAGACACCACCCUGGACAGCAUGCUCACACGUAUCCUGGUGGUACGAGAGCUGCACCAGAACCUAAGACUUGGUGAGAACUUUGAGGACGACGAGGAGUCCGAUUGAUGAAGAGUGCUGGAGACACGUGUGGCCUUUCCCUGUACAUAUGUUUAUACAGACACUCAUGUGACUUGGUAUGAUGAUAUCAUGAUGAUGACGUCCUGGAGGACAGUGAAGGACACGCACAAGUUCAUCACUCAUGUGAAGACGCUCAGCAACAGAACUCCUCGGCGGGUUGCCAUGGAAACGCAGAUCAUGCGUUUCAUAUUGCGUUGGUUUUUAAUCAUCAAGAGUUUUAAUCCUUGAGAGUCUGGCCUUAUUGUUUCUGCUCUUCACCACUGAGGUUUUGGUCAAUAAAUAUUUUACUGCCACCUCACUCGGAGACCACGUUCCUCUUUUUUUACUGGCGCCAUGCUGGAUAGCAGGACUGUCUUGUGCGGCAGUGGAACUCUUCAGUGGACGUGGGGCCGUUGGACCGGAACCGAUCAUUCACCAACAGUGUGUGUGUGUGUGUCUGUGUGUUUGUCUCAAUACUUUCUAUUGUCUUUUCUGAAUAAAAUGAUGCAUGCGUCAUCAGAAGUGCUGACACACACUUUUUUCUUCUCA